ACCUGAGCGACAUCACAUUGCAGUGAAAGUUAAAACGUUGAGGAAAGAUUGCCUGAGCGACAUCACACUGCAGUGAAAGUUAAAACGCUGAGGAAAGAUUACCUGAGCGACAUCACAUUGCAGUAAAAGUUAAAACGUUGAGGAAAGAUUGCCUGAGCGACAUCACAUUGUGAUAAGCUGUGAAAGUUAAAACGCUGAGGAAAGAUUAUCUGAGCGACAUCACACUGCAGUGAAAGUUAAAACGCUGAGGAAAGAUUACCUGAGCGACAUCACAUUGCAGUGAAAGUUAAAACGUUGAGGAAAGAUUGCCUGAGCGACAUAACGAGUGGACGUUAAAAUAUAUCCGUAGUUACAGCAUGGAAAUCUUUUGAGUUAGGAAAGUUACUGACUUAUUGUCUAUUGUGAUGUAACUUAAAAAAUCUCCUUAAAUUCAAAGUGGGCUGUAUUGUUAUUUUUAGUAACUAAUAUAUAGCAACUACCAUCUCCAUACAUAAUGUUGUGGGGGUGCUUUCGUCGCAGGAAAAAAUGCAAACAGCGCCCUCAAACAGACAGAAGCCUUUCUCCGAACUGCAGGUGUUCUUGCCACAGGAAGGUAAUUGCAACAUGUGAACCACCUGCGAAGCACGAAUUACAAACUCAAGAGUCUACAAGGUCUCUUCAAACAAAUCCACAAAGACCGGAAAGCCCUGAUGUCAGGAGUUUCAGCGGCAUUCCAAGUCCAAGGACUCCGGAGAAGUUGCCUCGGUUUAUCAUGGAUAUCACUUACAUCACAGAACGUAUCAUUGUUCUGACUUUCCCAGAGUCGGGAACAGAUGCUACGUACAGAAGCAACCUGAAAGAAGCUGCGCGCAUGCUUCAAACCAAACAUGGUGACAAGUACAUGGUCAUCAAUUUAUCUGAGAGAAGGCAGGAACUACUGAAGCUUAACAAUCAGGUAGAAGAUUGUGGUUGGCCAUCAGAUUUAGCACCAGAAUUGGAUAAAAUUUACAAAAUAUGUGAUGUACUAGAUAAGUGGCUGAAGAGUAAUGCUCAGCACAUAAUAGUGCUACACUCCAAGGGUGACAAAGGAAGAGUUGGUGUUGUUAUUGCAGCUUACAUGCAUCAUAGUAAUAAAUAUGCAAGUGCUGAACAAGCUUUAGACAGGUUUGCUAUGAAAAGGCUGUAUGAUGAUAAGUUCUCUGAGAGAAUGCAUCCUUCACAAAAAAGGUAUGUCCAGUACUUUUCAGGACUGUUAACUUCAAUGAUUAGAACAAACAAGGAUACAGUCUACCUUCACAACAUUAUAAUAUAUGGAAUACCAAGCUUGGAAUCAAAAGGUUAUCGACCAUUUGUGAAGAUCUAUCAAAGAAUGAAGUUAGUGUACACGUCUGAAGUGCACAUUGCCACAGAACAGACUCGAAAAGUUCUCAUCACAAUAAAUCCGUGUCUACCACUCUGUGGUGACAUUUUCAUUAAGUGUUAUCACAGACAACAGAAGCCAUCUGAUAGAUCUACAGUGUUCAGGGUCCAGUUUCACACAUGGACAUUGGACCAGAAACAUGUGGUAUUUUUAAAGAAUGAGCUGGAUGAUGCCAUCUCCGAUUUCAGGUUUCCAAGUGAUGGGAAGGUGGAACUACAGUUUUCCUUUCACCCUGAUGACUUCAAAGGAAAUGGUUCUGUUCACAAACCAAUGACUGCAUCAAAUUUCUCUGAUUCCAUAGUCAGAUGGGAUUCUUAUGAAAACUUUAACAUGGAAUCCCCAAAUGCAGCAGAGGUGCAUCACACUCAAGGGCCCCUGGAUGGCAGUCUUUAUGCAACCAUUAGGAAAAAUUCAGCAGUAAAGAAUGUGUCAAAGAAGCAUGAGAAUACCAAACAUGAGGGGUAUGGUCAACCAAAUGGGAGUCAGGCUGUGAGUAGGGACUCUGGAAUUUCUUCAUCUUCAGGUUUUCAUGGAUCUUGUUCUCCAGUACGUGAUGGUAGUCAGUCACAGACACCUGGAUUGAUUAAUGGGCAUACUAAUCAACCUUCUGUUAGUAUUGUGGAAGCUGAAAUCCACAGACCACAGGCUAGAAUUGAGAAAGAAGAAAAGCAAAGUGAAUCAAUCUCAGCAUUGCAACAGGCUGAAUUGGAUGAACUAAUGAGAAAUCUGAUUCAAGAAACUGAAUGUUUUCCAGAUCAGCAACCUCUUAAAAGUGUCCAACCUGAAAGCUACAUUUCUUUUUCUUCAGCUUUGACUAGUCCUACAUACACAGAUAAACAGAAUCUAUCAAAUACAGAGGAAAGCCAGUGCUGUUUUUCCAGUGAGAAAGAAGAAAAGCUUUACAGUACAUAUGCAAAUAAGACUGCACAAACUUAUCCUUCAGUGAUUUUGGAAAAUGCAUGUAUUCUGCCAUCUAGAGAUUAUUUGACGAAUUCUAGUGAGCCUUUCUCUCAAAGCUCAUUUUAUAGUUCUCCAAACAUUCUACCAUCUGAAGCUAGAACCAUGGAUAAACCAUAUGACAGUUCCCCAGAUUGUUCACUCAGUAGUCUUGGACCAAGCAGGUCUCCAAUCCCAAAGGACAACACAUGGCUUCAACAACAGUGGCACAAAUACCUUCUCAAACAAGAAGGACAUAGAAAACAGGAACGAAUGUUACGUGAACAACGUGUAAUUGCUGAACUCAAGGAUGUUCAAGCUAAAAAGAACCAGCUUCUGUCACCAUCUGAGUUAAAUAAACAGACUUCUCCAACAAUAACAAAGAAAUGUUCACCUUCUGAGAAGUUCAACAAAUAUCAACAUUUUCGUAUCUGCACAGACAUUGUGGGUUCUUCAAAUACCUAUGAUUCGUCAAAAACGUUUGUCAAAGAAAUGGAAUGUGAUGGUUCUUUUCGGGUUGCUCAAACUUUCUCUCCUUCAAAAAGUGACAAAUAUGAGGGGGUACAAGUUAGGCAUCAACAGAGCCCAGAUAUCUCUUCUUCAAUCACCUGUUCUCAGAUUAUUAAAGUUCCUGUCCAGAAAGGCUUCCAUCCAAAAGCUAUUAAUGGUUUCGAUGAAAGAGACUGCCACAGAGAUUCUGAGACAACAGAACUUUUCAGUAAUUGUAAUCAGUUUGGUUUUCAAACCAACUCCAGCCCAUUGGUUAAUGGAAAUUACCAUAAAAUCUAUCAUAUUGAUUCUACUCUUACAGCUAUAGACAAAACUUUUGGUUUAGAAUCAGAGGUAGUAAACCAAGCUGGUCAGCAGUUUAAUAGAGAGCUAAAUGUAGUUAAUGGUCAUGGUCAAAACUUUUGCUAUUGUGGGUCACAAAAAUCUGAAAGUAAUAGACUAGGACAGCAAGAUCGCCAGAUUAGUACACAGCAGGGUAUGGCCAAUGGUAUUGAACAAUAUGAUUAUCAAACUAGCCCGUGGCAACUUAGAAGUGAUCCUCCUGAUCCACAACGUUAUCAGAGCAACCUGCAAAAGUUUGUGGCCAGUGAUUCUGAACAAGGUAAUUGCUACACUUUGAGUACAGUUGAUGAGUCCAACCAGCUUAGCAACCCUAUGAUUUCAAAGUCAGUUCUUCAAAAAAGUUCAGAACCUCAUUAUACCAUACCUGUUGGCUCAAGAAUACCAACUACAGUUAGAACACUGUCUCCAAUCCAACAGCCACACACAACGAAUCACAACAUUGUGUCAUACAGUGUAGCAGUCAGUGGUUCUUCAGUUAGUCAAGCUGCUACAGUCCAGUUUAGGUCAUCUUUACCAAAGCAUGGGUUAUCUCAACACAACCAUAUCAGUUCUCAAAGCCGGUCUCCUUCUGUUGGACCAGAUCAGCAAAGUAAACUUCCUGCUUCCCCUUCUGCAUUACUGAGAGAUCCUGUUUCAAGUGACUUUCCAAGUCCCAAACUAACAUCGCUUGAACAAACCCCUCUUCAGAAAACUCAAAACCCAAUACUUUACAAUCAAUCAACACCUCAGAAUGUAAUGUUUUUUAGUAAAUUUACAAUGUAUUGUGAUGGACUUUUAGCAGGGUCAUGCUGGGCUUUGAUGUUUAUUUAUCGUAUGACACAGGGCCUGGUGGUUAAGAAGUUUGACUCACAAUCUCAGAAUUGCGAAUUUGAAUCUCCAUCCCUGAACAUUCUUGUCCUAUAUGGUUACCAUCUGAGCCAGUUACCUGGGAUGAAAAAUGGGGAUUUGUCACUUCAACAGACUUCCCCCAUUCUCAGUGGUCACAGUUCUCCAAGUCAGUACUCGGAUCAGUCCUGCCAGUCCAGCAUGAUAUCACUGUCAGAUUUCCAUGAAGUAACCUGUCAGCUCCCAUUUUUUAUGAAAGACACUUCUAGAUAUUGGUAUAAACCCAGUUUGUCCCGAGAUGAAGCAUCCAGGAUGUUAAAAGAUAAGCCACCAGGGUCAUUUCUAGUCCGAAACAGUCACACUUUUCCCGGCUAUUUUGGGUUAGUAAUGAAAGUUCCACCUUCAUCACCAGAUAUUAGAGCAGGGUGUGGAGAACCUGAUUUCAGUGAACUCGUACGACAUUUUUUAAUAGAAUGCACAUCAAAGGGUGUAAGGCUCAAGGGUUGUCCCGAUGAACCAGUGUUUGGAAGUUUAUCAGCUCUGGUUUAUCAACACUCCAUCACAGCCUUGUCUCUAUCCUGCAGACUUCUACUCCCAGAGCUCGAGCCAAUAUCUGAAACUACUUCCAACUGUGAAUUUAAUCAAGGGAGAAAACUAGAUGGUGGUAAAGUACUGUACUUGAGCACAAUGGAUACAGAGACUCUUACUGGACCCCAGGCUGUUCAGAUAGUUGUUUCAGAGUUAUUAGAAGCUAAACGUCCAGCAGCCUCAGUCGUUGUGCAUUUUAGAGUGUCUGACAAAGGAAUCACUAUAACAGACACAAGUCGAAAGUUGUUUUUCCGACGUCAUUAUCCUGUAUGUAACAUUAGCUAUUGUGGAUUUGACCCAGAUAACAGAUGUUGGACAAAAGAGGAUGUUGUAGGAGUUAUACCACUUAGUUCUAGGCGCUGCUUUGGUUUUGUUGCCAAGAAGCCACCCAGUCAUAGUGAUAAUCAGUGCCAUGUGUUUGCUGAAAUUGAACCCAAUCACCCAGCUUCAGCCGUGGUCAGUUUGGUAGAAAAUAUAAUCACAAGUUUCUUCAAGAAUGUUAAGAUCAAAUCAUGAACUAAUGAUGGAAAAAAUAGUGAGGCUUUUUUGUAGCCAAUUCAUCAAGCCUAAAUUCACAAAUUCCAUGGUGAUUAGUCUUAGAGAUAACUAGAUAUGAUGAAUUUAGGAACUUUGCUUCAUAUUUUUCUAAGAAGAACUAAACUCUUCUUUCAAGUCUUGAACAAUGGAGGCAUUUCCUUCAAUCAGUUUAAUUAUACAUUCCUGUAUAAAGACCAAGAUUAAGUAUCUAAAUGUAGAUGAGGCUUGAUAAAAGGUUACUUGAAGACAUCUCACUAAAGAGUUAAUACAGGAUACAACAGCUCUGAUAUGAAAAAGUAAAUUAUCCUCCUGACCAAACAAUUCAACAAAUCUGUUUUUAAUUAAAUCUUUAUUUCAUUAAAAGAGUGUCAUAAAAGUUCUUUUUUUUAUGUCAGAAGAGAGUACUGUUUUGAAAAAUGAUACAAACAUAUGUCUAUUAUUUUAAUAUAAAAUAAUCUUUAGCCACUCAUCUGACAAAUUUUUUAACAUAUUAUCUUAACAUGUGUUGUACAAAUAUAGAAUUUAGUUGUUUAAUGUUAGAUAUUCAGUGUUAGUUACCAGAAGUUUUUAAUUCCUGCUUGAUGCCUUUUUUUGUUGUUGUUUUUCACAGUUGCUUUCACAUGUAAAUAAUGAUUUCUAGAAUUAAGUUUACAUAUAGGCGUACUAAUAUGUGUUUUGUGAGAGCAUUGGGCAUUUUAGUUCCUCAGAGUUAGAGUGAAAUUUUAUUCUCAUUAAAGAUAAUGUUUUUCAUAUAUUUAAGAUGAAUUCAUUUUUCCGUAUGUUAGAGUUAGAUACUUUUCUUGAGUACAGAAUUCUACAAAAUAAAACUUCUUAUUUUUUAUGAAGUUAUGUGACCAUGCAUAUGUUAUUUUUUGUUUGUUUAAAAGUUAAAUAUAUAGGAAACACUUUACAACUUUCUUUUUGCUAAAUAAUUCUUAAAAUUAGGUCCCACAUGCAGACUAUUAAGAAUAUAGAUGUUUUUCAAAAUUACAAAAAAAUGCAUAUCUAUACUUCAAAAAUAAUAGUUUUUGACUGGUGCCAAAAUUGUUUUUAGUGUUAUCUAUGUUUAUGCUGAAAAUAAUAUUAUUCCAGUGCCAAAUGUGGAUCUUGUACUUAACGAUGCAACUGUUUGUACCUACAUUAUUUAUAAUGUUUGAAAUAUAUUAGAAUUCAUUGAUAUAAUCAUUGACAAUUUGGUAAAUUCAUACUAUUCAAGCUAUUUGCAUGUGUUUAUAUUAGCUGUAUAUCCAAAAAUAUGCAUUACAGGUAUAUCCUUUAUUUUAAUACAUUUAAUUUAGCACAAUUCUCUAGUUUCUGUAUGUCAGUGAGAUACAUGUACAUUAUAUUAAAGUUUUUCUUAAGUGA